AUGGCGUGCGACGCCUGUCGCGUCCGCAAGAUCAAGUGCGACUCCAAGGCGCCCCUGUGCCGGAAUUGCCAGCUUUACGGGACCACAUGCAAGUACGAGGCACCCCGACGAAGACGAGGGCCAAAGCCUAUCGCUCAGAAGCCCUCCGAAGUCCCUUCUGGCAAUGACACCCUUGCGACAUCACCAGCAGCACACGAGCCGAGCUUCAAUGAUGCGAUCACAAUCCACGCACCACUUGAUGACCACGUCACGCCAGAAAGCGAGGCUAGACAUUCUAAUCAUGUCAUAUCGUCUCACUCACCAGAAUCAGUUCAUGCUCGCUCCAUAGCAACACCAGGAUUGACAGCCAGCUUCAUCGGAGCUGGCCAACACGCUUGCACGCCUCGCCAAUCCACCCUUGGUGUUGAGUCGGUAGCUCUUCAGACACACAGAAAUUUCUCAACAGCCAUCUGCAAAUAUGGACAACCCCAGGACCUCGCCGGCAAAUGGAUCGACAAAUUUGUCAUGUAUAGGUUUCCCUUUUGUCCCGCGGUCCAUAUCGAGAGUCUGUAUAGUGCCAUCCCCCUUUUGACUGCAUCCCGGCAGCAUCCCGUUUCACCAUCCACGACAUCAGUGAACGGCGGAGAAGAUGAUAGUGGGUUCACUCUCGAAGAGAUGAGAUCGUACACAUUACUUACUGCUCUCUGCGCCGUAAUGUGCACCCUGGCGGAACCACACCCUGUCACCCCUUACGACGCUUCUGACCUCGCAAAAAUCUUUCUCUCGGCAUCAAGAAACAUGCUCUCCUGCUAUGAAGACUUUGACAUAGAGCAUCCAGAUUCGAGUUCCCUUCUCCUCCGGUAUUUCCAGUCAAACACUCUUCACUUCUUUGGGAAGAUCCGCGCAGCCAUGCAUCUACUUCGUUCCGCCUGGUCUCUGGCCAUCACCCUUCGACUAUAUGACGAGACGUCGCUUACUGGGGUUGAGGACAUAGAGGCACAGCGAUUACGGCGCAUAUUUUGGUGUAUGUACCAGGGCGACAAGUCAGCGUCAGUCUUGAACGGCGUCCCCUCCAUGAUAAUGGAUCUAUGCCUCGAGCAACCCAUUACCCUGGCCAUCGAGGGCCCGUCGCAGGUAGGCUUACUUCACGGAGAAUCUUCCUUUCCAUUCGAAGAGAAGACGAUGACCGCUUUCCACAUGUCGACCCACCUCUGGAGAUCAGGCACGGACAUCCUCCUUGACAUGAAGAUGAUUGCCCACGCGCGUGCGCGAGCACCACAGAGCGAAGCUGGGACGCCGGUACCGCGCGCCAACGCUAUCAUGCACGCCUAUCUCUCCUUCUGUGCGCUUCUUGACGACUUGCCGCCAUGGCUGGCGAAUCCCGACUCCUACUCCGCGCCUGAUGAAGCUGUCUCGCUGCAGCAGCGUCGCUCAUUCUGGGCCCAGAAGACAAACCUUGUAAUCACAUACCACUGCCUUCGGCUCGCCAUUAUUCGACAAGCGGAGAAACACGGCUUGUGUCACCUGUUUGGUCUGACAAAUGACGGCUCUAUGCUCGCCAUGCGCAGGUUAAAAAUCAGCAAUGACAUGCUUUUGGCAGUCAAGUCGGUCCCGUUCGAAAGCUUGCAGGCCAACGGUGAACCAGGCGCAGAGAAACUGCGCCAGGCCGGCGUGGAGUUGUUGGGCAUUGCCCACCAGACGGAUGAUCAGGUCUUAGCCGCUCGUGCCAAUGCACUUUUCUCGCAGUUGCUUGAUGUCAUCACAUCGUUGAAUUCGAAGGUUUCGGAGGAAUUAGCUGGGAUCUUGGCUUCAUGA